AUGUACCCUCACCUGCCGGACAGCGAUGCGUGCGUGCGCCUGCUGCACCGCAACGGCAGCGCCGGGUGCUCCACCCCCGGCAACAGCGCGGUGGAGGGGAACCUCUGGCGCUUGAGUGAUCGAGACAUGGAGGCUGGUUCAGGCCAGCACAUUCCACGAGGGAGCGUGGCUGUCCUCUCGGCGGCGGCACUGGAGGACUUCUUGGCCAGUUUGUCGGCAGAUGCCGCCUGGGCGAGCCACUGGGCAGGGGCCCUGGUCCUCGCCCACGCCCCCGGCACCCACCUGCCCUCCAACCCUCUGCCUGCCAGCGGCGCGCUGCGGCCGGGUUUCGAGGCCGAGGCCCCUUCCCACGCCUGGAACCCGGCCGGCACCGGCUCGGUGCUGCGUGCCCUCCCCAUCCCCCUCUUCAGCCUGAACGCCAGCGCCAGCGAGCGGGUGGCGGCGACCCUCUCACGUGCCCCCAGCACGGGCGCCGGCCCCUCCCCCGCCGCGCGCAUGGACGUGCGCAUGACCGUGCCGGCCGGCGCGACCUCCGAGGCCUGCCUGGCGGCGCGCACCUGCCUGCCCCUCGGCGGCCACACCGUGUGGGCGCGGGUGGGGCCCCGGGGUUCCCGCCCCGCGCCGGUUCUGGUGGCGGCCGUGCAGGACGAGGCCAGCCUGUUCCAUGCCAGGGGGGGAGCCGGCGCGCACGCCGGCGCGUCGGGCCUGAUCGCCACCCUGGCGGCCGCCCGCGCGCUUGGCCGCCGGCCGCCGGCCGCCGGCCGCGCGCCCAUCGUCUUCGCGGCGUUCGCGGGGGAGGCCUGGGGCGCGCUGGGCAGCCGCCGCCUGCUGUACCAGGCCGCCGCCGGGGACGCGGACGCGCUGGACCCCGCCCGCCCCGCGCGCCUGCUGGAGGUGGGGCGCGUGGGCUGCGUCCCCGGCGCGCUGCACGUGCAUGGCGCAGACCGGGGCACGCUGGGCACGCUGCGCGCAGCGGCGGCGGCCGUGCCAGGACUGCGCCUGGCCGAGGCGCCGGCGGGAGGCGGGGCGAAGGGAGGCGCGAGGGGGGGCCUGCCCCCGGGGAGCGCGGCGCAGUCCUACCGCCGCGUCCACCCCGACCUCCCGCUGGCCGUGCUCACCGACUACGACGCGGCGUGGCCGAGCGAUGCCGGCACGCCGACCGACGGCCUGGACCGCCUGGACGUGCGCGCGCUCGCGGUCGCGGCGGAGCUCGUCGCGCGCGCCGCACACGCAUGGGCCUCCAGCGGCGGCGGCGACGGCGACGACACUCCGGGCCUGAGCGUGGACGCAGACUCGCUGGAGCGCGACGCCAGCGACCCGCUUGUCAAGGGCGCCAGGGAGCGCUUCCUGCUGGGCUACCUGGCGUACGCCGCCGCCGGCAUCCGGCCCGAGGCCGAGGGGUACGUGCCGCGGGGCCGGCCCUGCUCGGCCGCCUCCGAGCUGCAGUCUUCGGAGUGCCUGAACGUCACCGCCAAGUAUGUGCCCGCCUACCCAACCGCCCUGGAGUGCCGGGCAUGCGACGGGCAGAGGGCCGGCGGCGAGGGCUGGCACUUCACGGAGGCAGCGGCGACCUGGGAGGCCAGCUUCGGGUGGCCGGAGGAGGACGUGUGGGCCGAGAGCAACUGGCCCACGGGGACCCCCAGCCUGAGCCUGCUGCUGCGAGAAUCUGCGGCCCGCGAGCGACAGGUCCUGCUGGCCGGGGUUGGCGUCGCCCUGCUUUGCGUCGCCGGCGUGGCUUUGCUGCAGAAGCAGGCCCGAGGCUGGCUGCCCGGAGCGGCAGGCGGGGACGGUUGA